AACGGGACUCAAGGUCGUAUCAGUGCACUACCAGACGAGAUUCUACUGAGGAUCUUGAAUACCUGCCCAAUGUUGAUAGCCCAAGAAGUAACUUCACAGUGAUGGGUCAACUUAGACGGCCGAUUCUCGACUACGCAUCGAUAGCACUGACCUGCCGAUCUCUCAACCGUGCCGCCACAACCAUGAUGUACAGAGAUUACAACCACUGCUACGAUCACAACCCAUCAACGAGAUUUAUCAGCAGUCUAAUCACCAAUCCGGCAUUAGGUUCAUUGGUCAAAGAGAUGAAAGAGGUCGGACAUGAAGGAUACAACGUCACAAGGUCCAGUUAUCUCAUGAAACCUCGCGCUCGCAGCUUUCAAAGCAUACAGAUGAUCUACUCCAAGAUUGAGACUCUCGAUAUACCCGAAGGAGAAGAAUAUACUGCACUUGUCCGCAAAGGCGAAGACGCAUUCAGUGCGUUGGAAUCAGCCUUGAUCCUGUACCUCACAUCCAACAUCGAGGUUGUCGCCUUGAACGACUGUCCAGAAGCAGGUGUUGAACAACGGUCACAGGAGAUUAUUUUGCCGGAGACCAGUCAUGAUCAACGACAACCACAGGCGGCAUUACUACCUAUUAUAUGCGCUGGCCGAGGAAUAUCUUAUGGUCGUGUUCACCAAUUCACACGGCUGAGAAGACUGAGCAUUCAAAUGAAAGGAUUAUGCAUCAAUUUCCUAUCCCACAUCCUUCAGCUUGACUCUCCACUAGAGGUGAUUCUGUCACGUCACUACUACCAUAGUUCCAGCAUCAACGACCCACCAUGUACCUGGGAAUGUCCUCCCAAGACAUCCAAAGUGCAAAAGAUACGGCUGGACUACUUUGAGUGUCACCUUGAAUUGUUGGAAAAUAUGCUUGGCUCAUGCCAGGCACUGACGUCACUCGCUUGCGAUGGAAUACACGAAGCACCUCUCGUUCCCAGAUGGCUGGCCAUCUGGCGGCUAUGAACUACAGGGUAUCACUCAACCCGCUUUCUUCGAUACACGCAACGACGAGUGUCUACUCGACCACAGAGCUUUUGUGUUAAAGGAUCGCUACGAUGAGUAAACGCAAGUAUACCAAAUGAGAGGCCUGUAGGUGGUGUUAGAUC